CAUGCUCUUGCUUUCCACGCCCGUUCCGGUUUGGUAGCGAGCGAUGAUUGGUUUUUCUAACCCAGCGGCUGGAAGCGGGGCAUUUGAACGGUGCUGAGAAGAGCUGUCCGAGUACUGCGGGCCGCAGAAUGGCUGGAGAUGACUAUGAGGAAAUUCUCAAGUACUAUCAAUUACACGGAACAAUCGGCACAGGUGGGUUUGCAAAGGUGAAACUUGCACGACAUCGUCUUACUGGUGAAAAAGUUGCGAUAAAAAUCAUGGACAAGCUUGCUUUACAGGAUGACUUGCCUCGUGUUAAAUUAGAAAUUGAUGCUAUGAAGGACUUGAGUCACCAGCACAUUUGCCGGUUGUAUCAGGUGAUUGAGACACCCAAGAAAAUAUUCAUGGUUUUAGAGUACUGUCCUGGAGGAGAGCUGUUUGAUUACAUCAUUUCUAAGGACCACCUUUCUGAGGAGGAAGCUCGCCUAUUUUUUCGGCAGAUUGUUUCAGCAAUUGCUUAUGUGCACGAUCAGGGAUAUGCCCACAGGGAUCUCAAACCAGAAAAUUUGCUGAUUGACGAGGAACAUAAUCUGAAGCUGAUAGACUUUGGACUUUGUGCAAAGCCAAAGGGUGGCCUUGAUUACCAUCUGAACACCUGCUGUGGAAGCCCAGCUUAUGCAGCACCAGAGCUGAUUCAAGGCAAAGCAUACAUUGGCUCAGAGGCAGAUAUUUGGAGUAUGGGAGUACUGCUGUAUGCUCUGCUAUGUGGCUUUCUCCCCUUUGAUGAUGAUAAUGUCAUGGCUGUCUACAAGAAGAUCAUGAGAGGAAAAUACAGUACUCCAAACUGGCUCUCUCCAAGUAGUACACUGCUCCUUGACCAAAUGCUGCAGGUUGACCCAAAGAAGCGGAUUACAAUCCAACACCUGUUAAGUCACCCUUGGCUCAUGCAAGGAUUUUCUGAUGCUGUUCAGUGGCAAAGUAAAUACCCACUGGGACAGCUUGAUGAGGACUGUGUAACAGAGCUUUCUGUGUUUCAUGAGCAGAGCAAGGAGACUAUAUUAAAAUUAAUAACAGAGUGGAAAUAUGACCACAUGUCAGCAACAUACCUCUUGCUUCUAUCCAAGAAGACUCGUGGCAAGAGUGUUCAUUUAAGGUUUCCAUGUGUAACAAAGCACGCCAGUACCAUGAUGUCGACAGGCCUUGAGCAUUCGAGGCCUGAUGCCCAACUGGAGGAUACAGAAUUCAUACUGUCAACUCCAGUGACAAGAAAAGUGGCAUCAAAGAAGCAUAAAAACAAAGAGAAUGUUGAGACAGUGUCAGCUUUAAGAAAUGAAGUGCCCUUUGCACUUACUGCUCCUAAGAGUCCUUUUGCAAAGAGUCAGACUGAGACACAGGUACAAGCUGUUCCCCUUAGGGCACCUCCUUUCAAAGAGAGUCAAUUGACGGGAGUCACCCCAGUUAAGAAGCCCAAUAACCCAACAAAUGCGGAUGAGUUGGCAUCCGCUGAGAUUCUUUGUGAAGGAAGGUGUCAGUCAGUGGAAUUAGACCUCAACCUUGCACAUGUGGAUAGCAGCCAAAAGAAGAGAAAAGCCAAAAUAUUUGGAAGUCUUGAAAGAGGCCUAGAUAAAGUGAUCACAAUGCUUACACCAAGCAAGAAGAAACGAUACACUAGAGACUGCCCAAGGAAACUUAAGGCACACUGUAACAUUACCACCACUCAUCUGCUGCAUCCAGAUGACCUGUUGAAUGAAAUAAUCAUUGUUCUUUCAAAGAAGCAUGUGGAAUAUGUUCAGAAGGGUUAUACCCUGAAAUGUCAAACACGAUCAGAUUUUGGUAAAGUAACUAUGGAGUUUGAGUUAGAGGUAUGUCAGCUCACUAAGCCUGAAGCGGUGGGUAUCCGGCGACAACGGCUUAAAGGUGAUGCCUGGGUCUACAAGAGGCUGAUAGAAGACAUUUUAUCUAGCUGCCAAGUAUGCCAGCAAGCCAGAGAAGAACCUCAUGAAGUUCAAAAAAGUGAAAAGCCAACUGCUGACCAUGGGGAGGGAUGACCCUGAAACCCAGUUGGAGAGCAGAUGGCACAAAUAAUGUUAAGUGUCCUGGUGAACACGAAGUUGACCAUGAAUCAGCAAAGAAGGCAAUGGCAUCCUGGGCAAGAAUGUCUCCAGAAGUCUUGAGGUAGGUGAGCUUUCCAUAUACUCAGUGCUGGUAAGACACAUCUGGAGUAUUGUGUCCAGUGCUGGUCCUCCCACAGCCACAAAGACUCUCCUAUGAGGACGGGCUGAGAGAGUUGUGACUAUUCAGCUUGGAGAAGAGCAGACUCAGGAGGAUCCUAUCCAUGUGUGCAAGUAAGUGAUGGAAGGAAUGAUGAUGAGGAAGCCAGGCUCUCUUCAGUGGUUCCCAGUGACAGAAGCAGAGACUAUGGGCACUUGUAAGCACAGGAGAUUCCUUCUGAAUGUCAUUAUUUUUAUUAUUACCGUAUCAUACUAUGAUAACCCUUCUUCACUGAGAAGGUGACUGAGCAUUGUCCCACUGGAGUCUCCAUCUUUGGUAAUGUCAAAAAUCCAACUGGGCACAGUCCUGGCGGUUCUGCUUGAGCAAGUAGUUGGAGUGGAUGAUCUCCAUGGUCCCUUCCAACCCCCAGCAUUCUGAGAUUCUGCCCUAAAUUUUUAUGGGAGGAUCAGUUUACAGGAACUUGUGCUAUUUUCUACCAGAGAAGUAAGUAUGAGGAAUUUCUAAGGCAAUGGAAAAACCCUGAUGUAGAUGUAGGUAGCUGAGUCUGCUGACAGAAAGUAUAUGUGGGCAAUAUUUAGUAGCUCUAUGAAAUCAGUGUUUUUUCCCUCUCAAAACAGAGUACUGAUAACUGCCAUGAAAAACAUGAAAAUCUGUGACAGAACCCAAGCAGCUCCAGGUCUGGUGUUUCUGGGCACAAAUAUCUAUGUUGGAAAAAUGGGACUGCUGACCUGUGUUGUGUAUUGUUAUUCUGGCCCUUAUUUGGACCUUAUUUGGAUCUCCCUGACAUUUUCAGGGAGGUCUAGGUGUAAAAUUAUUUCUGUCCUCUGGCUGAGCUUGUCAAAGCAAGAAUCCCAUUUCUUCCCAAUGCUGUGAAUGCACUAAUUUUUUUUUCCCCAUUCUGCUGGUAAAUGGAGGCUUGUUUUCUGUUUCAGAUAGGUAUAUUGGCAUAGAACAGUGGAUGUGUAGAAGUAUUCUGUAAGUUCCAAGAAACUAAAUGAUUAUUCCGCUCUGACACGGAUAACUAUGCACGAGGAGGCAUGCACUUCAGUUACUACUAUUACCACAGGCAGCUGCUGAAAUCUUUCAAAAGCAGACCAAAAAGCCCUUACAAAAGAGGCCUCAGUUCAGGAUGACACCCUACACUGGUAGAGGACAUAUGAAAUCUGCAUUCAUGUGUGUCUGGUGACAUAUAUAAAGAAUUCUGUAUUUGUUACUCAGUCAGCAAUCCCCAUAAAAAUAAAAUAUAAUAGAUUUCAGAUCAAUUAAGCUAGAUUUGGAAGACUGCAAUCUUCUAAGCUUGUGGUACAUGCAGAAAGGAGGAGCUGGUCAAUCACAGUCAAAAGGUUAAGCCUUGUGUCUGAAUCCCUGACAAUACCAAUGUGAAUUUUUUUAGACAGAGAUUAAAUUAAUUUGGUUCUAAUGGAAUAGAAAGGGGAAAAAAACCAAAACAAAAGGCAUACACGUAACAAGCCUGAAGUGCACAGUGUUAUGGAUAGAGAUGUCCUUGGCUUUUAAAACUGUUCUAGAAGAGGGAUAUAAUUAUCUGGUAAAAGCUAUUGGUUAUCAUUUUCUAUUAGUUCUAUAGGACACUUCCAUUAUGGAAGGUCACUUUUCUCCAGUUACUAUAUCCCAUUUUGUACAGCAGCGUACUCAUAAGAUGUGACAUUUGCUAUUCUGCAAAAUAAAUUACAAUUCUUGUCCUGUAGAAGCAACUAAAAAUAGGCAAAAGAGUAGACACCUUGCAGCAUAUGCCAUCUCUAAGUGCAGGUAAAAACCCCAACAUUUUAGGAUGGAGUCUGAGCACUCGUGCACAGCCAGUGCCAUCAGACUUGCUGAUGCAUGUUUUUAUCUUGUGAGGGGGCCAUGGCUCCAUGGUUAUUAAAUACCAGUUUCCAAGAAUUGUAGCAGCUUUGUUCUCUUUUAUAGCAGUGGCAACAGGAGGCAAAAUUAUUUGAGUUUAUUUUGAUGAAACAUGGCAUUUGGUUGGCUGAUUGCUUCCAUGAAGAAUUUCUUAGAAUAGCUGUUAUGACUCAGCAGUGGUAUGCAUAUGCCACGGGCACCUUGAAGGCAAAUGUGUGGUAUGACUUGGCUCCACCUCAUGCCUGACUUCCAUGUAUUGUUGCCCAGAUUCAGUGCUGCGCUCCACACCACAGUCCCACUUCGCAGACCUGAAGACCUGUCAGGAGUUUUCAACUUCCUAAUCCUUAUCUCCAGCAAAAGCACUACAAAUACUAAUCAGUAGUAAACAGGUAGUUGAAGGACUUUCCCUAACAUCUGUGUCUUUUUUACAUGUGUCUUUGCCUAGAAAGCGUUAAAGUAAAUAAGUAAAAAGAGGAAAUGUCAUUUCGCUUGCAUGGAAUAUUUGCUAGGAAGUGCUCACAGAUAUUUCAUUAUCUUUGAAGAGGAAAUUUCUCACCUUUGGUCUUCUUUCUUUUUCAUGUCUGUGUCUCCCGCCCCUGCCAUGUUUGAACCUGGAUAUCUUUGAAGCUGUGCUGCUGGGCCCAUGCCUUUUGUGAGCCCUUGCACAAUAUCACUGUGCUGCGCACAGUAGAUACUAAUAGCUGACUUACUACAGAUGAAUAAAAACUUGCAUUAAUAGUUAAAAGUAGAGUAUUAAACCUGUUCUUUACUCAGGAGUGAUUGACGGUUUCUAUUACACGCCAUUAGAUAUUUUAUUCUUGUUAAAUGAAGAGCAGGCAACUUUGUAAAGUAUUUUUAGUUCUCCCUGGUCUUAUUGGCUCCAUCUAUUU